UCCCUUUUAGUGUGUUUUUAUAGUUCUUUAUUUGGUCUGUGAAUGAAAAAGAUGAAAAUUUCUGGGUUUUUGAUGCUUGGUAAUUUAGGAAGCCUUUAUUAUAAUCUUUUCGAGAUAUUUUUUUCUAUUUAUUUGAAGUUCAAUGAUUUGGAUAUUGGAAUAUAUAUUGUUUUUUCAUCUAACUUUCUCAAAUCCCAAACAAAAGACCCCUGGAAAAAAAAAAGGGUUCUUUUUAGAUUUUGAAAUAAAGGCAGAAAAAUGGUGAACUGUGAGCUAAACAGUUGCUGCAAUAAUGGCCAAGUUACCUUUCUGGUUACAAUUGGUGUCUUCACUGUUGUCAUUCUUGUUCUAUGAAGAACAGUGCUGUUGCUGCCUUUUAAGCUCAUUACAGUAUUCUUGCAUGAAGCAAGUCAUGCAAUUGCCUGAAACUUACCUGUGGUCAUUAGAAUGGAUCAAGGUUCAUGCAGAUGAAGGUGGAGUGACACAGACAAAAGGCGGUAUAUAUUGGGUGAUCUUACUUGCUGGAUAUCUUGGCUCAUCAUUUUGGGGGAUGGCUUUGAUUCUUGCAUCCACAAAUCUCCUCACUGCAAUAUUAGCUGCUGGUUGUUUUCUUCUUGCUCUCGUUGUCGUGCUCUUUUAUGAUGAACUAAUAUCUCAAGGAGUCAACUCCAGUGAUGCCGAGAAGUUUGCAGAAAUUUGUCCUUGCCCCUGCAAUGGAGUUGGAUGGGGGUUUAUAUGGGGAAUGAUAUCAUUCAUAUUUCUUGGUGCAUCAGUGUAUCUAGGACUUCUCAUCUUAGCUUGACCUGAGUUUCAAUUUCAGGUUCUGGGAUUGGUUGAAAGUCAUCUUAGUACUGGCAAGUUAUUAUUGUACAUCAUUCAGCACUGUGUUAAAAUGGAGGAUGCCAUUUUUCCUUAUUCAGAACAUAGUUUAUUUGUUUGUAAUUUGAUUCAUCAUUCAUCCAGUAAUGUAUUGUAGUGCAAUUCUGUUUUUGGUAUUAGAUAGUAACAGCUUGGCUUCAUUUUUUGUAACCCUUUCUCAUUUGGGCUCAGAUUCCUUUUUUUUUUUUCAGACUGCACUAGACUAAACCAGAUUGUAAAGUAAUAUUAUUUCCAGUUUUAAUUCA